AUGAGAACGCAUUUGUUCUCUGUCCUCUGGACAUCGGUAAUUCUCAUAGCUAUUGCCAAUGCGCAGGCGUUGCCGUAUAAUCCUACUACGAUCCUUCUUCCAUCGAGCGCGAGCCAAAACAACGAUGUCGCAUUUAUUUUCCUCAUCGCUUCCGAAUCCGACACUCGACCGGAAUUUUUAUUCCUUAAUAUCUCUUCGACUCUAUUUGCUUCGAAUCUCACACUAGAACCAUUUACACCUAAUCUUUCGUUUCUCGACAAUAAUACCGCUUUCAUACCCACCAUCGGGACGUACGGUGAGAUCUCAUUGCUCACUGGCUCGUGCUCGGAACCUGCCAGCACUGAACUAUGGACUUAUACACCUGGCGAUAAAGCUCCUGGAAAUGGGACAUGGACGAAUGAGACAACUACUAUUGCGAGUGAUGUCUCCUCUGCAGGUGUUGCGGGCGCGCAAUUCUUGUCGGGAGGAUUCCAGUUCUCAACAUUGGUCAACGCAAAUGCUACAGAUACGGAUAUAUACAUAUAUGGUGGCAUGUGUCCCAAUUCGUCGGCGAAUGUAUCGACAUGGCAAUCGAAUGCUAAUUAUUCGAACCAUAUGAUGCGAAUAUCGCCUGAGUCUGCAAAUUCGUACAAUCUGGAUUUCGCUGCUAAUAGAGGAGCUCCCAUCGCCGACGCAGGGUUCACUACCACUCCGCUGACCCCAUCUUAUUCAAAUAACUCGGGGAUCAUGACCCAGGCACAAAAUUUCAUACUUCUUGGUGGGCACACCAAGAGCGCAUUUAUCAACAUGAGCCAAGUUGCCAUUUGGAGUCUUCCCGAGGAGACUUGGAGCUUUCUAACAGUCAAUCCACCAUCUUCAACAGAGAGUCCCACAGAACUAACUGUUAAAAGCUCAGUUACUAGCGUUGAUAGUCGAUCGGGUCACACGGCAAUACUAACAGAAGAUGGAUCUAAGGUUAUAAUUCUCGGUGGAUGGGUGGGGAACGUUAAUCAAGCCGCCGAUCCGCAGCUUGCUAUAUUGGAACUUGGGACUGGUUAUGGAGGAAGUGGACAAUGGAGAUGGUCGGUGCCUGCAGAUCAGCCUUCCGGAGAUGGCUUUUAUGGACACGGUGCAGCAAUGCUUCCUGGAAAUGUGAUGAUGGUAUUGGGUGGGUUUAACAUCACAGCCUCUGGCAAUGCGAAAAGAGCUCUAGACACCACUAUUCAACCCAUGUUCUUUAAUGUUACAAGCUCAACUUGGUCAUCAAAUUACACCAAUCCGACAUAUGUCUCAUCUGCUUCUCGUAGUAGUUCAUCGUCAUCCUCGGAUUCUUCGGAAGUUGGUCUUGGCAUUGGACUCGGCAUAGGAAUAUCUGCGCUUGUUGCUGUCAUCGUAGGAGUUGGUUGGUAUUUGAUUUGCUGGAGAAGGAAACGCAAAGAAAAAAGACAUGAGGCGAGGGAAAGGGACCUACGAUCGCUUAGUUACAAUGCGGCCACCGCAUACCCAGGUCCACGAGAGAUGUCUCAUACUCGUGAUUAUUUAGAUCGUCAUGAACAGUAUUAUGAUUCUGGAGGCGCGACGGGCGGCUACCAAAGCUUGCAGACUGGUGAAUACGGUUCAGGAGGAAUUGGUUCUCCAACUCUCACACCUCGACAAACACCUAUGAAACUUUUACGAAAUGCUCGUGGGCUGUAUCAGCCUGCUUUAACACUCGACCCGGGCGCAGCGAGUGGAAAUAUUAGAGCAACUAGUUUCGGUGCAGCUGGGCCGAUACAUCCAAUAUACGAAGCAGACGAAGAUGCUGACGUAAUCUCUCCUAUUGAAGUGGGUGUUGGUCUUCCACUUGGGGAAGCUGAAACUUACUGUGGCCCCACACGAACGGAUCCCUUCAACGAUUCGCCUCCUCAGAAUUAUAAUCUUUUGGCGCCUGCACGACGAAACAACCGUAGUGCCACUACACCUGUUCCUGAUUCCCCUGCCCAAGAACGUGAACGUGAGAUUGAAGCAUGGGUUGCAGAUUGGGCAGCUGCGGAUGCCCUUCUUCACGCCAAAGCCAGGUCUCAUUCUACUGUCGGCAGGAUUUCUCCCUCUCGACGUGCAAAUUUGAUCACGGCGACUGGUCCAUCCUCUGUUUCCGGAGAAAUUUCCGAGGACAGUGGUCGGACAGCCAGUAAUAUCAGUGAACAAAGCAUGGUCCCUUCAGCUGCUACAAUAAGUCGCUCAGGAUCUGGUUCCCAAGGGACAACAUCGAACUCACUCCGGGGCUAUUUAACAUAUGCCAUGAAUACAAUUACUUCAGGAAGCGCUGCUUUAAGUCCGACACCCGACAGCCCUGAAACGCCAAACGCUCAAAAUAAGCCUCCUGGAAGUUCUGGCAGUGGAAAUACAGCCUCGACUUUCUCCACUACACAUACUCAUUCCAGCUUUCCGAUUCUGCAAGCACAAGCAGUAACUCUACUCCCUCGUCCAGAACAAUUUGCAGACAGAGGACCCCCUUCCCCUACCACACCCCCCUCGAAGUCACCUCCAAGAACACCCACUAGAACGACCGACGACUACGUUGGUAGCCCAUCGAAGAGUAAACCAGUUGGCGUUGGUAGACGUGGAUGGCUGGGAAGUUUACGGAAAGUCUUCAGACCUGAUGGUGAUACCGCCGUUGAAUCUACCCUCACAGAUCGAGAGCCAAAUCCUCUUCCGAUCCGCCUUGAUAACCCUCCUAGAAGAACGGUGAGUGCUGGUGCAACUUUAUGGAGGAGAAAGCAGGGUAGAGGGGAUUGGGAAGAUAGCGAGAAACUUGGGACUAAGCGUGGGAGAUCCAGUUCAUUUGUGAAUGGUGAUAGGCCAAAUCUCCAAGGUGUAAGGGCUAACGAAGCCACGGGUCUGGUAAAUGGAAUUGACGAAGAUGAUGAUGAAUGGGAUAUAGAAAGAGCAAUUGAGGAUCGAGUGGUACAAGUCAUGUUUACGGUGCCAAAAGAGAGAUUACGAGUCGUCAAUCAUGAUGUUCGUGAGGAUCUGAGCGAAGGAGGAAGCAUGGGAGGAAGAAGCAGAGUCGCGAGCGGAAGCGGAAGUCUAACUCGCCAUCCUAGCGUAGUUUUGAGCAAAGAAGAUAGUACGAAUCUAGCCAGGACGGAGAGUGCUGAAAGUGGGGCAAGUAAAGGGCGGGUGAAACCUAAAGGAAAAGUCUCGGAGUUGGUGGAAAUGAUGGAGGGUCGCAUUAGUCCGGAGCGACGAUGA